CUACCAUCACCACCAUCACUACCAUUGCCACCAUCACUACCAUCACUACCAUUGCCACCAUCACUACCAUCACUACCUCCGUCAUCAUUAUUAUCAUCCCCAUCAUCAUCUUUACCACUGUCAUCACCUUUAUCACCCCUACCUCCUCCACCCCUUCCGGCCCCGCCAUUACCAGUCCAGCCUGUGAGUAGUAAACCUCUGGAGGUUUCAGGUAGUCCGGUUCCUCCUCCAGCGAUGGGGAACAUGGGUGACUGCAGGAACCAGCAGGUUGUGCCCGGGUCGCCAGGAAGCAGAGCUCCAUUGUGUGUCAGUGACGACGGCGGUCUGAGCCCUGACCUCCCAGACGAAGAGGGCCCUCCCCGCCCUGAGAGCAUUGGCUUCAUGAUGAUCACCAGCAGCAGAGUGCAGGCUCUGUCCACCAAGGAGUACCAGGAGAUAUUGAGCAGCAGCAACGGCUCAGAGGUUCAGACCGUCAAGGUGGGGAACGACUCCACCGGCUUCCGGCAGAAGGAGCACUGCGGCACGGACCGUGAGCCGGUAAUCAUCAUAUUCGAUGAGCCCAUGGACAUCCAGUCAGCCUACAAGCGAAUGUCCACGAUCUUCGAGUGCGAGGAGGAGUUGGAACGGAUGCUGCGCCAGGAGAGCAUUGACGAAGACAUUGAGGAGGUUGAGGAGGCGGAGACAGAGAAGAAUGUACCUCAGGUAGAACGUAGCACCGACCUACGUCAGCCAAACAGGACGGAAUCCUGUGCAAGCGGUCGCGACCACGCACCUCCUGGGAUGGAGCAACAGAAGAGUGCGCCAGGCAGCCCGCUGCAAGAGCAGUCUAAAAUGGAGCCCCCGAAUGGCAGCAAACCAGAGACCAAAAAAAAGUUCAAAUUCAAGUUCCCCAAGAAUAAGCUGGCAGCCAUCAGCCAGGCGCUUCGCACUGGAACUAAGACAGGCAAGAAGACACUCCAGGUAGUGGCCUGUGAGGAUGAGGAGGAGGGGCGGGGGGAGGGGGAAGCACACACGAAAGCGAACAAGAAGUUUGACAGUAGCAGCAAACCGCGAACUGACUCCGGUCAAGACGUCGGGGUGAAGAACAGCCCAUCGCCAAGAACUCUGAACCGGUCCAAGUCCAAACGGCGGACAGAGGAGAUCUGUAAGAACGCCUGUGGGUCCAUAAACAAUCUAGAGGAGAACAUCCAAAAGCUGGAGAUAACCGUAGAUAACAUGAGCCCAGCGGAGUCCACGACAGAAUCCAGUGGACAGUCUCCGUCCGCGGUGAAACCCAAACGCGAGAGGGAGGGGAGUCCCUCGAAGAGGCCUGCCCCCCCCCAGGUGUCUAAGUCCCUGAAACCUCCUCAGAGUAAGAAGUCCAAACCACAGCUUCCGCAGAUCACCGGGCCGUCAACCACAGGCAGCUCCAAGAAACAGCUCACUGGGCCGUCCACCACAAGCAGCUCCAGGAAACAGGUUUCUCUCUAAGCCCCUUUUUGCCUAACGCUACACAGGGGGCUGGGUGCCUGUGAGGACCAUGCUGGUGUCGGUGUUCCUGGGAGACUUCCCUUCCCAUCCCUUGUAACCACUCUCUUACUGAAACAUUGUUAACCUGCUGUUCCAGGCACUGCUGGGGAUAUAACUGGGAUCCGCCUAUUAUUUGGAAAUGUCUGUUAGUCAGCUGACAUGAUUGUUGUCUCUGGGGAUCUUGGUCGCUACAAUGUGUUUUUGUCUCCUAAUUACUGACUUUGUCCGGGACCAAAUGAAUGGCUUUAAAAUGACUUACUUUUCUAUAUUGUGCUUGUAGUUCCAUUGUUCAUGCUCUGCUGUUAGAGUUGGGGCUGGUUGGUCAGAGGUUUCCAAACUUGGAAGAGUUGUGUCAUGCUUCUUUGUCCAUGUAUAUACAAAGGCUGUAUCAAAGGCAAUAUUAUCAUCUUACAUAUCUCCUCUACAUAAACACAUCAUAUGUGUUAUUAACCAUCAAUUACAAGGAUGCUAAUGUAUCUAAACUAAUAGUAAAAUAGCAUGUCUAAACAGUAAGUGAAACUCUAAAAAAACAAAAGAAUACGCCCUGGAGUUUGUGUUUCUACUUGUACCUAGUUUGGAAAACACAGGCCGAAUGUAAGCCACCCAGCCUCCCAUCACUAGUUAUGGGUCGGUUUGUGUCGUUUGAGCUCCUUGGCAUUUUCCAGUCCAGUUCCAGUAAAUUAUUUCUGUGUCCAUUUUUGUCUGUUGAAAUAUUCACAGAAUACGAGUGGC